AAAAAGGAGGAAGAGGAGAAGAGGAAAGAAGACAAAGAGGAGGAGAAGAGGAAAGAAGAGAAUGAGGAGGAGGAGAAGGGGAAAGGAAGAGAUGUAAGAGAAGACAAGGAGGAGGAGAAAGAGCAGAGGCCGAGGAGGAACAGGGUCGGUCCACCAAUCAGAUACCUGUUGGAGUCAGAGGAGGCGUCACAUGGUUCAGUAAUAACGGAGACGACCAAUCAGGACGCAGAAACUAAGCAAAGCGCAGGAGGACCAACUAACAGUGAGGCUGGAGCCAUAGAGGAGGUUAGUCAGACAGGUGUGUUCGAGAGGACUUACCUCAUCCACAAAGACCUGCAGAGCCACCAGGAGACCAUCAUCGCCCCCUGCUGGGUCACACUGUGAUUAACUCAUCAUUUAACGGUGGUUACUAAAGGCUGGCUGGGUUCUAUGAGCCUGUACCUCUGUUUCAGUUCUACUCCUGCACUGAGGCCAGUAUCCACCCUGCUAUUUGUUUACAUGGAUUAUUAUUAUUUUUUUUUUUGUAUUUUAAAUAAACUUUAUUAAGAAAUCCAAUGCAGUCCAGUGAUAAACCACAAACAUUUCAGAAUAUCUUGUUUCAAAAAUACAUUUAUGCUCAUGAAUCCAAAGUCUUAGUCUCUUUAUACGAUAUAAAGGCGGAUAUGAUGUUUUUCUAAAUAGUUUAUUCUUUUUGGCAGAUGAGUUGUCAGUGAAGCCCAACAAUAUAUGUUCAAAGCAGAAGGAAAACUGGUUCAAUACAAAUCUUCCCAUAAUUUGGUAGAGAAAGGAUUAAUGAGAACAUGUUCAGGGUGUCCUUCGUGGAAAGAGUAAUUUAAUCUAGAUUUUUUUUAUGAAUUGUUGUUUAAAAAAAAAACUGGGUAAAUCCUGUUCUGUUCUUAUUAUUUAUGAUACUUUUGGCAGGUAAGUUCCAAAUCUGUUUCCACUUAUUAGUAAUAAUAAUAAUGUUGGGUUCUGUCGUGUUGAACUUAAUAAACCAAUAGGGGUCAAAUAUGGAUAGUUUCUGUAUAGGACGUCUUUAUUGUUUAGUAUCUUUGAUGAAAGACGCAUUGUUAAUGAAAGGUAGGUAGUUCCAUGGUGUCACCAUGGAAACGGCCUCCUCUUCCAAGAUGGCGCGUGUGAGUUUAUUUCCGGGUCCCGUGAGCAGAAGGGAGGAGCUUCUCUUUAUUAAAAGCGCAAUGAAUAAAGCGGAGGAAUGAUCUCGUCGGCUUCCGUAUAGAAAAAAUGUAUUCAUUUUAUUCAGUGUUUUAUUCACGAUCUUUAUUUUGGUUUUUAUUCUCAAGUCACAAAUAAAACGUUCAGACUGAAAUAAAGACGUUAACGGUUGUGACGAGAGACCACCGGAACCCGGAAGGGAGUUCAAACAGAAGCGGCGGUUCUAGUGCUGGGCGGAGAAGAAGACGAAGAAGAAGACGAAGAAGAGAGAAAAAAUAUGAGUGAAAGCGGCGCUCAGCUGUUUGCUCGUCUGGAGGGCCGCCGCAGUCUGAAGGACAUCGAGCCUCGUCUGUUCCCCGAGAACGGAGGACCUGACCACGGUGAGGUGGUGGAGCUGUAUGGGAUGGAGGGGACAGGUAAGACGGAGCUGCUCUACCACAUGCUGAGUCGCUGCGUCCUCCCGGAGGCCGCUGGUGGUCUGGAGGUAGACGUCAUGUUCGUGGACACCGACUAUAGUCUGGACAUGUUGCGACUGGUCAGCAUCCUGGACAGUAAACUCAGCUCAGGUCUCCUGUCCAGGUCCUCGUCUGGAUCCGAUGAGGAGGUGCUGCGGUCGUGUCUCUCGCGCCUCCUGGUGGUUCACUGCGCCUCCUCUUCCCAGCUCCUCCUCACCCUCCACUUCCUGGAGACGUCCCUGGCCUCCCGGCCCCGCCUCUCUCUGCUCCUCAUCGACAGCAUCUCCGCCUUCUAUUGGCCGGACCGGACUGGGGGCGGAGCCAGCGGGGCCAACCAGGAAGAUAAACUCAGCAAGUCUGCAGAGCUCCUGGGACGACUCCUCAGGGACUACAGAAUCACAGUCUUCGCCACCUGCCACGCCAUCAAGAGGAGUAAAAGUGGACCUUCCUCCUCCUCUUCCUCCUCCUCCUCCUCCUCCUCCUCCUCCUUCUGGUCCUACCUCUGUCGCCCCUGGCAACAGCUAGUCGCCCACCGCCUCCUGUGCUCCAAACAGGAAGCCACGAACAAAAUGGCCGCCACAGCAGAAGGCGACAGGGAGCAGAGGGGACGGCAGGUCUUCACAGUUCACUGCACCUCCUCCUCUGCCUCUUCCUCCUCCUCCUCCUCCUCCUUAAGGACUAAGGCUUUCAAGAGCAGCUCCUUCUAUGUGACAGAUGGAGGAGUGGAGUUCAUCAGCUCUCAGGACAGAGGAUGAAGUGUCCACAUGUUUUUUAUCAUUGAUCAAAUAAAAUGUUCCUCCUGUCUCCUCCUCAGGGUUUUUGGUUUUGACCUGGUUAGAAUCUGUGGAAACUUUAUUGUCAUUGUACCAGUAUAAGUCAGUAGGAGGUCUGCUACAACUAAUGAGUUCAGAAGAUUAUUCACAGUUUAGCGGAACCAGGAUGAGUUUAAAAGGAAACAGGACCUGUAAAGUUUAGACGACGUGUUUGAUCUGAGAAGCUUUUUCAUGUCCACUGGAGGGACUGGAGGACGUUUGGUUCAACCGUGACCUGGAUCACUGCGAACCUUCACAGACCAGCACUGGUCUGAGGAAAGGACCUGUAUCUGUGAGACUUGAUGGACUGAAACCCUCCGUGUCCAGGCUGAGUGGAGGUCUGAUGAGUUAAUGAAGUUAAUAAACCGUGAUGCUCUAUGUUGAUGUUAUGUGAUGUUUUCAGUGGCUGUACACGAAGAUGUGAAGAUAAAUAAAGUAUUUGUGUAUAUA